GGAAACGAAAUCACCGUUGCAUUCCGCCCACAAUAUCAUUAUUCUCUUUACAACUGUCUUCUUCUUCUUCUUCUUCUUCCCUUUCUCUCUCUCUCUCUCACACACUUUCACCACCAACAACCCUUUCUUUCAAAUAACAAUCAAUCCCAAUAAUCCACCGAGAAUCUCGCAACAAAUUUCCCAAAACAUUUGUACAACUUUCCACAACUAAUAAUAACAAUAAUAUUAUUAUUAUUAUUCCUUCAUUUCUACUCAUCAUCAGAUAGUGAAUAAAUACUAUUUAUUGAAUCCUAAAAACUCAUACUCCAUUUUCAGCAGCACAGCAAUAUGGCCGGCGUUGAUUCCACAAACGCCGUCCGUGCUGCCGUGCACUCGCUCCUCCGCCUCGUCAGAGACGUCGGCCGGUCCUCUUCCGCCGGAUUCGCCGGAGAAUUCAAGAAGGAUUGUACAGACCUGGCUAGAAGAGUCACAUUGUUGUCGCAUUUGUUGGAGGAAAUUAGGGAUUUGAAGGUGUUAGAUACGUCGUCGUUUUCGUCGGCUUGGUUACCUGACUUGACGGUUGCUGUUCAGGCGGCUAAGAAGCUGCUUGCUGUUGCCGGAAGUUUUGAUCGGAAUGUUUCUCCGGAUGGAGCAGCAAUGAAAAUUGAAUUUCAAUUCCAUGGUGUUACGUUAAAAUUGGAAAAAGCGCUAGCAAAUUUACCAUAUGAUCAUUUUGACAUCUCGGAAGAAGUUCAAGAACAAGUUGACUUAGUAAGAGGUCAGCUGCGAAGAGCGAGAGAAAGAUACAGUAAACCUCUAAAUUCUACAUCGGAUGAAGAAGAUCUUCAUCUUGCUGAGACCAAUACUAACAUCAAUGAUCAAGAAGCUGAAACAAAGGUGGAAGCUGCGUCGAAAGAGAAUCUUUCGGAAGGGUGUAAUCAAAACGAAACGGUGUAUCAGUUGGAAACUUCAAAGAAUUCAUCUGAAACAUCAUCUUUAUUAGAUGAAAACAAGAAACCGGAUGCUCCUGUAAUUCCUGUUGACUUUCUUUGCCCUAUUUCGUUAGAACUAAUGCGCGAUCCGGUUAUCGUUUCCACAGGACAGACUUAUGAGAGAUCAUACAUACAAAGAUGGAUCGAUUGCGGGAACACAACAUGCCCAAAAACCCAACAAAAACUUCAAAACGUGAUUCUAACUCCUAACUACGUUUUAAGAAGCUUAAUCACACAAUGGUGUAUUAACAACAACAUGGAGCAACCAAAUUCACUAACAAACAGGAGGUUAAAAAGAAGUGACGGGUCUUUUCGUGACGUAAGCGAAGAUAUAGAAGCCAUUGAACUACUCAUUCGAAACCUCUCGAGCCAGUCAAUCGACGAACGAAGGUCAGCAUUGACCCAAAUCCGUUCUUUAUCAAAAAGAAGCACCGAUAACCGAAUACUCUUAGCCGAAGCAGGCGCAAUCCCGAUUCUUGUGAGUUUAUUAACAUCUGAAGAUAAUAUCACGCAAGAAAACGCGGUCACUUCAAUUUUAAACCUUUCGAUAUACGAAAACAACAAAGGGCUUAUAAUGCUAGCCAAUGUGGUACCGUCAAUCGUACAACUUUUAAGAGUUGGAACAACGGAGACUAGAGAAAAUGCGGCCGCAACCCUUUUCAGUUUAUCGCUCGCAAACGAGAAUAAGAUAAUAAUCGGUGCGUCGGGCGCAAUUCCGGAGCUUGUAAAUCUUCUCGAAAACGGGAGCACUCGAGGGAAGAAAGAUGCCGCAACGGCUUUGUUUAACCUUUGCAUUUAUCAAGGGAAUAAAGGAAGAGCCGUGAGGGCGGGAAUCAUUCCCGUUCUUCUUGGAAUGUUGAGUGAUUCGAGUAGUUGUAUGGUUGACGAAUCUUUGACCAUACUUUCAAUUCUCGCUAGCCAUCAAGAAGCUAAAUCCGCUAUAGUUAAAGCUAGCACGAUACCUCUUUUGAUCGAUCUUACAAGAACCGGACCGACAAGAAACAAAGAAAACGCUACAUCGAUCUUGCUUUCGUUGUGCAAAAGAGAUAAAGAUAAUCUUGAUUGUAUUAGCAGACUCGGUGCAGUAAUCCCGUUAAUGGAACUGGCUAAAAACGGGUCGGAAAGAGCUAAGCGAAAGGCGAGAUCGUUAUUGGAGCAUCUUCAAAGGUUUCAACAAGUUUAAAACGCGUAAGUAUUGAAUAACUUGCUAAUUUGUUUGUUAAUCUGAUUUUUGGUUUUACAUACUAAGGCUUUUUGUUCCGAGGUCUUAAAGCACGAUGAAACAUGAUUCAUGUCGGGCUUUCGUUGUAUUUUUUUAUUCUUGUGUUUGCGAAAUGAUUCAUUUGAUACCAUCAAUUGUUUGUUUGACAUCAUAUUUGGAUUGGGAAUAACUUGUGUGAAAUACAUUUGUGACUGUUUUUAUAAUUCUUGAAAUUGAUUGGCAAUUG